AUGCCUGCGCACAAACGAAAGCUCUCUUUCCACCCCAAGCCUCCUCUCCACCAUGUUCGCUCGUCGGGUCGAUUGAGAAAACUUCGUUACGCUGUCGAAAGCGAUAGCGAUAGCGAAAUAAGUCCCAAGCCCGCCCUAGAAGCUUCGGAAAAGAGGCAAAGUCUUGGUCGCCAACGUGCUAGGACGGAUGAAUCAGGAGACGAGUAUAUUAACGACGUUGAGUCCGAAGAGAGCGGAGAAGAGGACCAAGAUGAAGAAGGCGAUCGAACCGACGACGACAGCGAUUCAAAGCUACGAACGCCCCGACGAGACCAAUCGGACGGAGACCUUGACGAAGAUGAGCUGCCGAGGGUUACCAUCAUUCCUCUCGAGCGACUGAGAGAGACAGGCGAUAUCGAAUACGUCGACUAUAGGAUUCACCCAAACAGUCUUCUGUUUUUGACCGACUUGAAAGACAACAACAACAGAGCGUGGCUCAAAGCUCACAAUGGAGAGUUCCGGCGAGCAUUCAAGGACUGGGAGACCUUUGUGGAAUGUACAACAUCCUCGGUUAUAGCUGUAGAUGAAACGGUACCCGAUCUACCAGCCAAGGACGUCAUGUUUCGCAUCUACAGAGACCUGCGCUUCAGCCCGGAUAAGAAGCCAUACAAGGCACACUUUUCCGCAGCAUGGUCCCGAACUGGACGAAAAGGGACGUAUGCGCACUAUUACAUACAUUGCGAACCGGGAGCAUCCAUGAUUGCAGGCGGAAUCUUUGCUCCAAAUGCCCAACAGCUCCAGAGCAUCCGGUCGAGCAUUGACGAGAGACCUAGGCGGUGGCGGCGGAUCUUGAACGAGAACAGUCUCAAGCAGUCGUUUAUGCCCGGGAUAAAGACGGGGUCAAGGGAAGAGGACGCGCUCAAGUACUUUGCCCAUGAGAACAAGGAAUCUGCUCUCAAGACGAAGCCAAAAGGCUUUAUUGCUGACCACCGGGACAUUGAACUCUUGAAACUGAGAAAGUUUACUCUGAGCAAGAAGAUCGAGGACGACUUACUGCUCGCCGAUAAUACGCAAGAAAAGAUUAUAGAGAUUCUAAGGCCCUUGGUCGGAUUUAUUACCUUCCUCAAUAGCAUCGUCAUGCCGGAUGGGGAUUCGAGUAGUUCGGACAGUGAUCAUUUCAGGGGGGACGAUUAG